AAGUUUUACUCGCGAACUUCGUAAUAUAUUCUCUUUACGGAAUAUAAAGAUACUAGUUUAUAAGUUUGUACUUUGUGACGGUUUUUGUUUCUGGAUUUGGUUGGUGGCGCGAACGCAAGUGAUUUAUUGGUGUGGUUUUGGCGGGAUUUUGGAAAAUAAUGUGGUGGAUUUUGAAGUUUUCUAUUGUUUUACAAUGCGUACAUUCAGUUCGGAUCGUCAACAUCAGAGUUCCAGAUGUGAUUCAGUAUGGCACUAAAGACUCCAUAACACUAGACUGCGACUUUAUAACAAGCAACGUCACCGGUCUAGUGGUCAAGUGGUUUUAUAUGGACAAAACGCAGCCAGUGUACCAAUGGAUACCACCGCAGAAACCUCAGGCGUUGGGCAUUUUGAGGAACAAGGUGGACCUAUCAUACAAAGUCUCACACAACCCGUAUACUCAACACCGAGCUCUUCACAUCACGUCACCAGUUCCAGAGCUGACUGGCAACUACACCUGCGUGGUGUCCACCUUCCUGGCUGAGGAUGAGAAGACCAGGCCUAUGACUAUAUUUGUUCCAGAAACCAAGUUCGACAUGAUACAAGAUAGAUUGGACGAAAACUACUUGAACGUCAUUUGUUCCGUUGAAGGAGUAUUCCCCAAACCCGAGCUGGUCAUCUUAGCUGGAAAUAGGCCGCUGAACGCGAAGUCGUCGAUCAAAGUCAUCGAGGGCCGCUACACAGCCCUAACGAGUUCCGUCGUGAGGAUAGACGCUCUGCCCCCCACUGUUGAGAUCUUGUGCGACAUGCAGGUCCCACUCGCCAACUAUUAUAGCAGAAAGCGGGAUAUAUUUUAUAGAGAUCCCCCGUCGCCUUCGCCCGAAACGCCUAAUUUGGUACAAGUCGCUCCAGAUUCAGGUCAUCAGAUAGUCUGUUCUUUAGCUCUCCUCAUCACAUCGAUAGUCAUCUGUUUAAUAAGAUUACAAACAACUUGA